CGCCCCGCCCCCUGGCGGCCCCGCCCCGCCCCCAGGCGGCCCCGCCCCGCCAUGGCGGCCGCCGUGUUCUUCGGCUGCACCGGCAUCGCCUUCGGGCCCGCGAUCGCGCUGGUGCUGCUCACGGUGGCCAAGGAGCCGCUGCGGGUCAUCGUGCUGGUGGCGGGGGCGUUUUUCUGGCUGGUGUCGCUGCUGCUGGCGUCCCUGGUGUGGUUCGUGUCGGUGCGGCUCAGCGACCGCGGCGACGCCGCCCUGCAGCGCGGGCUGCUCGGCUUCGGCGCCGCCGUCUCCGUGCUGCUGCAGGAGCUCUUCCGCUUCGCCUACUUCAAGCUGCUCAAGAAAGCGGACGAAGGGCUGGCGACCAUCAGCGAGGACGGGCGGUCGCCCAUCUCCCUCCGGCAGAUGGCGUACGUCUCGGGUUUGUCCUUCGGCAUCAUCAGCGGCGUCUUUUCCGUCAUCAACAUCCUGGCCGACUCCAUCGGGCCGGGCACCGUCGGGAUCCACGGCGACUCCCCGUAUUAUUUCAUCACGUCGGCGUUCCUCACCAUGGCCCUGGUCCUGCUCCACACCUUCUGGGGGGUGAUUUUCUUCGACGCCUGCGAGAAGCGUCGCUACGGCUGCCUGGGGCUGGUGGUCGCCAGUCACCUCCUCACCUCGGGGCUGACGUUCCUGAACCCCCGCUACGCGGCCAGCCUGGGCCCCAUCUUCAUCAUCACCCUCUGCACCGGCCUCUGGGCCUUCGUCACCGCGGGGGGGUCCUUCCGCAGCCUCCUCAAGUGCCUCUCCUGCAAGCAGGAGGACGACAGCAGAGUGAUGACGUACUCGGCGCUGCGGGUGCCCUGCGAGGACUGAGCGGCCGCCAGACCCAAGUGCCAAGGUGACCCUGGUGACACCGGUGACCCAGGUGACACCGCUGCCCCCCCGUGACCCGGGGGACACGUGGCGACCCGGGGGACGUUUUGCUCCCGUGUCCCCAUCCCACGUUUUGGGGUCCGGCCCCGCGGGUCCCUCGUUAGCGGCUCCUGUUGGAGUUGUCCCCCGGGGGUGUGGGGCAGGACCCCCUCCCCUCGCGUCCCCCCCGCCACAGCCCCGCUCUGCUCAGGGUGACGCUCUCGGGGCGCGGGCUGGGGGGCUCAGCCCUGCCCCCCCGUUCUGGUCCUGGCUGCUGUCUGGGGCACCGUGUGUAAAUUAUUAUUUUUUUGAUUGAGUAAAACCCCUUUUAACAGA